AUGGAAACUACGAAGAUCAAAGUCACCUUGAUUGGCACCGGGACAAUUGGCCUAUCAUUCGCCGCAUUCCAUCUCGCCAAACUUUCUCCUUCCCAGCUGACCAUUUACGAUACUCGGUCAGAUCUGUCUACGUACAUUGAAGAAUUCUUACCAAAGUUCUUCGAAAGCGGGAAGAGCCCUGCCGAUCUUUCUGAAAUAAGGCUUGCUGUAACACUACAAGAAGCCGUGUCUGAUUCUCACAUCAUUCAAGAAUCCGGACCGGAGAAUCUUGAUGUAAAGAGAAAGCUAUGGAAAGAAGUAGAGAAAUAUGCUCCAAAUGAUGCAUUACUUUGGAGCAGCACGAGUGGAAUACCAGCGUCCCAGCAAGCGCAGGACAUGCAAGACAAAACAAGACUACUAGUUGUGCAUCCGUACAAUCCGCCUCAUAUCAUGCCACUGCUCGAACUCGUUCCUUCAUCAGAGACAUCCGACACGGUGAUCUCACGGACGCAAGAUUUCUGGCGCGAAAGAGGCAGAGUCCCCAUUCAUAUUAAGCGCGAAACCACGGGAUUCGUGGCCAAUCGGCUCGCGUUUGCCCUGCUCCGUGAAUCCAUACACCUCGUCAACGAAGGUGUAGUUUCUGUCUCUGAGCUGGAUCAGAUUGUGGAGUCAAGUAUGGGCCCACGUUGGUCAGUCGCUGGGCCAUUUAAGAGCUAUCAUGCUGGGGGCGGGCCGGCAGGCCUCGAAGGUUUCUUUAAAAAUAUCGGUGGAACAGUGCAGUCGUGCUGGGAUGAUGCGGGGACGAUCAAUGUGGGUGAUGGCUGGGAAGAAGAGAUAUUUAAGCAGGCGAAAGAGACGUACGGAACUGUAGAUGUGAGCGAGAGAGAUAGGAUAACUCGAAGAGUGCUGGACGUGCUUGAGGAGGAGAAAGGGAAGGGUACAUCAUAA